UCUGUUUCCAAAGUUAACGGUCACCAACAAAAUAUUAUCCAGUUAUGAUUGAAACUUGGAUCAAGAACUGGCGUCUCAUUUUUUUCUUCUUUUCUCUCAUCAAAUGGCCUUCAAUCUGCUCAAAUUUCAUUCCCAAAUAACUGAAGCUGCUAGACUCUUUUUCCUUAAUCCACAGCCCACCAAAAAUUUCUUCCCUCUCCUUCCAGUUCCGGCCUCUCAGAUCCUCCAAAAUCCCCAUUUCCAGGUCUCCUUCUAUCCUCAUGCAACUCACAAAUUAAGAAAAAUCCCUUUUAUAGUUCGUUCUUCUCUGUCUUCUUCAACUCCACCCACCUCAAAAGACGAUGCCAUUUCCCAGGCCAAAACCUGCCUCUGUACCACACUCGAAAAGCCCAUCAACAACAUUAGGUUUUCCGGCCGGAUCAUCAAGAAGGCAAAGCAACCCAGAUUCCGAGUGGAAAUUCCGGUCAUUGAUGAAUCGGCCAAGUCUCUGACGGAGCUCGCUUUCGAGGUAUUUGGGGACCUACCCAUUAAGAGAAAAGGGUCCCCUGUUAAAAUCGUACUUAUUUGGUCUAGCCCCUCCUUGGCUGAAGCUGCUAGUAAAGCCUUUCAGUCUCGCUCUUCUGAUCAAAUUGAACAAGUAGAUGUUUCCUCAGUUGAUGGAUUAGAUGCAAGAACUUUGAGUUCUAGUGAUGUGGCAGUGUUUUUGGGGCUAGAAUCUUCCCAAAUUCAAACUUUAAAGAGUGUUACAGAUGGGUUUUAUCCUAAGCCAGUGGUGAUUUUCAACCCCAAAUGGGCAUUUGAGGAAGAGAGUGAAUUUGGUGAGCUGAGUGGAUUUAUUGGGUCUUUUGAGGUGAUUUAUUCCUUCAUGGGGUUGGAAGUUCAAGGGAUUUUGAACAAGAGAAAAGGGGUGAUUUUCAAAUGUGUGAGAAAUGGAGUUUUGAGUGGUGAGCUAUGGAAUGUGCUUGUUGAAGAGGAAGGAGGAGAAUUGAAAGCGGUUUCAAAGUUCAAGGCGCGACCAUCCAUUGCAGAAGUUGAGAAUGUGUUGUACAAUUUGAUGGCUAUGAACUCACCUAUCACCAAGUCUGCAAAGUUCUUGAGGGACUUGGUCUCAAACGUAACUGGAAAAAACUAUUGAAGAACUGAUGAUGUUUAAUGGUAGGAGUUGAUUUGUUUUUAUAUGAGGUACACUCCAAACAGUUUCCAAAGUUGGUAUGCUUGUUGAGUGUUUGGAGGUAUAGAAGAUAGAAGAAUCGACAAUUUUGGGCCAUUGAGGAAGUGCAAAGGAAAAAACUUAUAUCUUAUGCUUCUAGAACUUACUUAGGCUGCACAUUUUAAGUUAGGCAUAGAGAAACUCAAAAUAAAGAUGGAACAAAUUAUCUUUAAGCAUACGUACUGAUGGGUUUGCUUGUAAUGAAUUCUACAUUUGACAUAAAAGUUAAAAUCUUCAUGAUAAAAUAUGAAUGGCUGACUUCUUUUAUAGGAUACUACAUCCCUUGAUAAACUUAUCUUUUUGGUCUCUGUCUACUUCAGUUUCUGCUAUUCUUGUUUUUAAAUUUAUUGAUGGUAAGACAUCCCAGGAAAGUGGAGCAAAUUUGUACUGAUAAAUCUUAAUUGGGAAAGGAUAAUCUAUUUUUA